UAAGUCAAAUUAUUUAAAUCUCAAAAUUACUGACCGAAGGAUCAGACCAUUAAUCUACCGGAGAGAAAACUCGCCGCCCGGCCAGGAGGAGAAUCGAUCACUGCAAUUCUUCGAAUCUCUCCGGCUAUCCAAUUUCCUGCCAAAAUCAUGACAACAUCAAGGCGUCUUGCAGACCGAAAGGUGGGGAAGUUCGAUAGGAAUAUCACAAGGAGAGGAGCUGUUCCAGAGACGACUGUUAAGAAGGGGAAGGAUUAUCCUGUUGGGCCCCUGCUGCUUGGAUUCUUCAUAUUCGUUGUCAUUGGAUCAUCGCUCUUCCAGAUAAUCAGGACAGCAACAGGAGGAGGAAUGGCUUGAUCCGAUGCUCUGAUUUUGAGAAUGGCAUUACUGCUCGAUCCCGUCCUCCCUUUCGUAGACGACACAGAAGGAAAGGGAAAUUCUUCUAAAAAAGGGAAUGAUUCCACAGUUCGUACGUCCUGUGGAUUUCAAGAACUUGAUAAUAGAAUUGUUGGUCCUUUUCCUGCUUUGACAUCAUAUUAUUAACAAUUGGUUUGGUUAAACUAAUUUAUUUCUUCCUUAAAUGAAGUUAUUUUCUAUUGAGUUUUA